AUGGCUGCGGGAAUCGAUAGUCAAGCGCUACAGGAUGAACAACACUGUAUACGACUUCUCAUGGACCAGAAGGUGGCUCGAAAGCUCCAAGAUUAUCUACGCUCUUCUUUCGACAGAUUUCAGUCGGUCGUUCGGUCGUAUGAGAGAUGUCUGAAGCUCAUCGCUGCUGAAUUGGUCGAAAUACAGAGACUUCCACACACUGCAAUUGACGACUUGCAUUCGAUAGUGGCGGCGAAUCCAACACAGAAAGGAGGAUAUCAAUUUCGGAGCAGAGUUCGAUUCACGUUGGAUCGCAAAUACUUCAAAGAACUAAUCGAUACUCUUCACGAACAGACGACAAUGAUCACACAGAUUGUUGAUGGCAUGAUCCUACUUCACAGCCAAAAACCAAUACACAUCACGGAGAGCUCACAGCAACUAGCCGAACAUUUCCGAAAGAUACAAGAUCUUGUCAGGUCUCUGUUUACGGCAAUUGAAAGAGGAUGCAGUCCCGGAUGUCACAGGUCUCAUGAAGUCAUGAUGCUUGUAGACAGUUUCCUUGCUUUGGAUGCACAGAGAUCCCAAGAUGCGAGGAAUACGCAAGCAGACGGAACCUCGUUCGAGGUAUACUUUGCGACCAUGGACCAAUAUACAAACAAAGCACAUUGUCACAAAGCCUUAGUGCGGGCCGAAGGCAAUACCAACCGUUUAUCUAGAGCCACUUCUCGCUCUCCCCGUCAAAGCAAUAAUACGCAGGAUGAGGGCAUUAGCAUCUGUCAAGAGGUCCACGAGGCAUCUGAACCACAUUCGGUCCUGGAAUUCCGACUGACAGCAAAUCACCUACGCUACGUCCAAGACCAAGAGAGAAAGCACUUGCCUCACGACUGCAGGGAUCUUCACGCGACAACCAAUUUGGAUGAAUUCCUUACCAACAGCUUUGGCGAUGAAGACCGCCACAUGGAAUGGUCGCAGCGAGCGCUCUUAGCACUCACGUUAUCAUGCUGCAUCCUUCAAAUGCACGACACCUCUUGGAUCCAAACAGCUCUGACCAAGAGCCAGGUCAACUUCUUCGGUGUCCUCACCGAAGGUCUCCGGCUCGACGUCUCGAAACCCAUGGUCGCCCAGCGAGUCCCCCUCCCAGAACGCAGCAGCGUCCUCACGGAUUCUGCGACCAAGAGAAAAGAGGUCCUGGUGGAGCUCGCGGUGCUUCUGCUGGAAUUGUGGCACCAGAAGCCGUUACAGCAAUGGGCGAGCGAGAAGGAUGUGGACUGUACCGACUGGCGGGAACGCGCAUCAGACAUCACGAGGCAGUGGUACGAUACGUCGUCUCACAGAAUCUUACCUCUGUAUAGAAAAGCUAUCGCAUCUUGCUUAGAAAUGUGUGAUGAGCCCGGUAUUUCAGAUGAGGGCAUCUUUCAAAAGUUGCUGUGCGAAAGAGUUAUAAGGCCCCUGAUCAAAAAUAGCAGCUACUCUGUUGACUGA